AUGGCCUCAAGAACUUCCACCCUAAAGUUCUUCUCACUACUAAUUUCUUCAUUUGCCAUUGUUCAAAUGGCAAUGGCAGGAGACCCGGACAUUCUUACUGACUUCGUAGUUCCUCCAAAUGGAACAGUAGAUGGAAACUUCUUCACAUACACCGGCUUUCGUGUUCUUGUUGGAGGUGCUCCUCCCACAGCCUUCAAGGUAUUGAAGGCAAGCUUGGCAGAGUUCCCUGCUCUUGAUGGGCAGAGUGUUUCCUACGCUGUCCUUCAAUUCCCUUCUGGCACUACCAACCCCCACACACUCAUCCGCGCUCCGCUGAGCUGCUUUUCCUUAUUCAGGGGACUUGUGCACUUUCAGUACAAUGCUGAUUCCCAAAAGCCAGCUCUAGCAAUUUCUGCCUUCGGAAGUGCAAAUGCUGGACUUGUAUCCAUUCCCAGCACCUUGUUCACCACCGGUAUUGACGACAAUGUCUUGGCCAUAUCCUUCAAGACUGAUGUAGCCACCAUCCAAAAGCUCAAGGCUGGUCUUGCUCCCAAGCCAUGA